AAAGGGCGCGACUGCGUGCUGCGUCGUUACAUUUGAAACUGGUGGCGGGGAACUGCUGUGGACCGCCGCCGUCUGGGUCUGCGGAGCGGAAGCGCGCGUUGGCGUCCGUGGGUCUGGCCAUGGCGCGACAGCUGGCCCGGGAGCAGGGUAUCACCCUGCGCGGGAGCGCCGAAAUUGUGGCCGAGUUCUUCUCAUUUGGCAUCAACAGCAUUUUGUAUCAGCGUGGCAUAUAUCCAUCUGAAACCUUUACUCGAGUGCAGAAGUAUGGACUCACCUUGCUUGUAACUACUGAUCCUGAGCUUAUCAAAUACCUAAAUAAUGUGGUGGAACAACUAAAAGAUUGGUUAUACAAAUGUUCAGUUCAGAAACUGGUAGUAGUCAUCUCAAAUAUUGAAAGUGGUGAGGUCCUUGAAAGGUGGCAGUUUGAUAUUGAAUGUGACAAGACUGCAAAAGAUGACAGUGCUCCCAGAGAAAAGUCUCAGAAAGUUAUCCAGGAUGAAAUCCGUUCGGUGAUCAGACAAAUCACAGCUACAGUGACAUUUCUGCCACUAUUGGAAGUUUCAUGUUCAUUUGAUCUACUGAUUUAUACAGACAAAGAUUUGGUUGUUCCUGAAAAAUGGGAAGAAUCUGGACCACAGUUUAUUACCAAUUCUGAGGAAGUCCGUCUCCGUUCAUUUACUACAACUAUCCACAAAGUAAAUAGUAUGGUGGCCUACAAAAUUCCUGUCAAUGACUGAUGAAGACAUUAGGAAAAUAAUGUAAUUCUCAAAUGUGGUUUUUCCUGAAGUCAACAGUAGUUGAUAAGUUUUAUUUCAUUGGUUAAGUUUUAGAUCCAGAAAACCAACAUUAUACUUUAAUGAACUGUACAUAAUUGUUCCAUUUUUGGGGUAUCUGACUUAUCAUAGAGUUAACAUUAAUUGCACAUCAUGCAAAAAGAAACAGCAGAUUUCAUCAGCAUUGUAAUGCCUGCUCUUUCAAGGUAGUAACUGUAGAUAGAAAAACCUUUGUUAUGAAGCUAAAUACUUAACCAAAUCAGACAUUUUGGUCAAGUAGCUUGACUCAGAAUAUAGAUAGGGAGAUACACAUAAACAUAAAAUACAGGAGAAGAAGUCUGAAUAUUCAGAUUCUUUGUUUAGAUCCUGAAAGUAACUAGUAAUCCCAGAGUAAAGAAAAUGUUGCUUUAUUGGAUCCUUUUGUCAUUUAUUUCACUGUAUAGUUCUGUAUUGAAAAAGCUUUCUAAUUAUUUUAAUUUAUGUAAGUUGAGCCCAGCCCAUGAAGCAAUGAAUAUUUCUACUGUUUAAUUUCCUGUGAUACAAAACUUUUAAAUUUUUUUAUGUUUUAUAAAAUCAAGCCGAAAAUGACAAUGAUGAAAUAAAGUUAAAUUUGUAUGUUUUAAA